CUCCUCUGUAAUUUUCUCUCUAACAACGGUUUCCUUCCUUUCUCUCGCCCUGUAAAGCUCAAAUUUUUAUUUCUAUCAUCAGCAAGGGGGAAAACCCAGUUUUUUUAAUCAAAAGAAUUCUUUUUUUCUUCUGUCUCUCAUAACCCAGAAUUCAUGGUUUCUUUGAGAGAGAGAGAAGAAAGCAGAAAACCCCAAAACAAAAAGAGGGUCCUUUUCAAGCUUUUGAAAGGAUGGGUCAAGCUUUUCGCAAGCUCUUCGAUAGCUUCUUUGGUAACUCGGAGAUGAGGGUUGUGAUGCUUGGCCUUGAUGCAGCUGGAAAAACAACUAUAUUGUACAAGUUGCACAUUGGAGAAGUUUUAUCAACUGUCCCCACUAUUGGUUUUAAUGUGGAGAAAGUUCAAUAUAAGAAUGUGAUGUUCACAGUUUGGGAUGUCCGCGGACAAGAGAAACUAAGGUCGCUAUGGAGGCACUACUUCAAUAAUACAGAUGGAUUAAUCUACGUUGUCGACUCCUUGGACCGAGAGAGGAUUGGGAAAGCUAAACUUGAGUUUCAGACUAUUAUCAACGACCGGUUUAUGCUCAACAGUGUCAUCUUGGUGUUCGCCAACAAACAGGACAUGAAAGGAGCAAUGACCCCGAUGGAGGUAUGCGAAGGGUUAGGUCUUUUUGACCUGAAGAACCGAAAAUGGCACAUACAAGGUACUUGUGCUCUUAGAGGAGACGGCCUCUACGAAGGCUUGGACUGGUUAGCCGGAACGCUCAAGGAGAUGAAAGCUGCUGGAUAUUCAUCGACAGGCCCAUCAUCGUUCUAAUGGCAUCGGAAACGAAACAUAAUUCUUAAUGGCAUCGUUAUCGGGUACAUCAUCAGAGAGAUUGAAAGUUGGGAAGUUUAGUGUUGUAAUCGAAGUUCUUUUAUGGUUUGUGUCGUAACCGGUUUUCGUCCGGGCACAAAAUAUUCAUUUGGCGGGAAAAUUGAUGUGAAU